AUGCGCUACUCCCCAGCGCUCCUCAACCCAACAACAUGGCUCCCAACCCUCAAAACAGCCCAACUCCAAAAGAUCGCCCAAGCAACGGGCAUCCGCUCCGCCGGUCCCAAGGCAGCCCUAAUAAGCCGCCUCGAGACCGAACUCGCCCAAUGCGAGUAUCCAUCUCCAUCUGGACCCUCCAAAACCAAGACCGAAUCAAAGACCAGAAAUCUAAGUAUCCUCAGUAUUGACAUGGGCAUCCGCAACCUUGCCUUCGCCCAUCUUCUCGUCCCCAGUCCCCAGUCUGCUAAAGGAACGUCGAGGAUAACACCAACCCUAAAUGCCUGGCGCAGAUUGGCUGUUUCGGAUCUUCUCCCUGGUUCUGGACUUUCUCUUCCAGAGUCCGGGUUAAUAAAAGGUACAGAGUCAUCUGAGAUCGAUGAACUAAAUGGCCUUGCGUGUCAAACAGUCAAGGAUGGAAAGGAGAUGUUCCAUCCCUCGCCCUACGCCAAACAGGCGUAUAUACUAAUCACCACGCUCCUGGAGAAAUACCAACCCACGCAUGUCCUGAUCGAGAGACAGCGAUUCCGCUCAGGAGGCGGCAGUGCGGUUCAGGAGUGGACGCUGCGGGUCGGUGUCUUUGAGGGCAUGUUGUAUGCCGUUCUCUAUGCGUUGCAGCGGGAGAGGGGGGUCACUGCCGGGUCUUCCUGUGGUUCUUCUGCGCCUAUGGUGCUCGGCGUGGAGCCGCAACGCGUGGUCCGGUACUGGGGGGAUGGGCUUGGCGGGGACGGGGUGGAGACGAAGAAGGGGAGAAGUACGGCGAGGGAGGGGAAGAAGGUGAAGAUAGAUUUGGUUGGGGGGUGGUUGGAUGAUGCGCUUGCCGAUGGGGACCGGGACUUGAAGGUGGCGGUUUCGGGGGGGGAGGAGCUACAGGGGUGGGUUGAGGCAUAUUUGGCGAAGUGGAAGGGGGUGAAGAGGAGACGGGGGGAGACUGGUGGUGUUGAUAUUGGGAAAUUGGAUGAUUUGGCGGAUUGCUUGCUGCAGGGCGUGACGUGGUUGGAUUGGCAUCUUAUGCGCGAUCGUAUUUCGCGGGAGGGUGUUGGGGCUUUGGAUAUUGAUUGA